GAAUCGCAGACGAAGGAAAGCAAGCUGACCGUUUCUUCAAUAGCACAUAAAGAUGGUGUUCGAGUCAGUGGUGGUCGAUGUCUUAAACAGGUUUCUUGGUGACUACGUGGUGAACCUCGACAGCUCGCAGCUCAGUCUCGGCAUAUGGGGAGGUGAUGCAAUAUUGAGAAACCUUGAAAUAAAAGAAAAUGCCUUGAGUCAACUGGACAUUCCUUUCAAGGUCAGGGCAGGACACAUAGGUCGUUUGGAAUUGAAAAUCCCUUGGAAGAAUUUGUACACGCAGUCUGUAGAGGCCACACUGGAUGAAGUCUACCUGCUUAUCGUACCUACUGCUAGUAUCAAGUAUGAUGCUGAGAAAGAGGACAAACAGCUACAGGAAGCUCAACAGAGAGAGCUGCAGAGAAUCGAGGAGACCAAACAGAAAGCCGCAGAAAAAGAGAAUCCUAAAGCAGAGAAGCAGGAUACAUUUGUGGAGAAACUGGUCACACAGGUGAUUAAAAACCUGCAAGUGAAAAUCUCCAACAUACAUGUCCGCUAUGAGGAUGAUAUCACCAAUCCAAAUGCUCCGCUCUCAUUUGGAGUGUCCCUGCAGAACCUCAGUCUCCAGACAGCUGAUCAGAAUUGGAACCCCUGUCUUCUGGAUGAGAAAGCCAAGCUGUUUUUUAAACUUGUUCGUCUGGACAAUCUGUUUGCAUACUGGAAUGUGAAUUCAGAACUUUACUCCAACCACAACCCUGAUGAGGCCCUGCAAUGCCUGAAACACAGUGUAGCCGACAAGAACGCAAUCCCUCAGGAUUAUCAUUUCAUCUUUCGUCCGAUAUCGGCAAAUGCCAAGCUGCGAAUGAAUCCUCGCUCUGAUGUUGAUUUCACCUCGCCAAAAGUGGAUCUAGUGGUCAACCUGCCAGAGGUGGCUGUUGAACUCAGCCGACCACAGUAUAUCAGCAUUCUGGAGCUUUUGGGUUCAGUGGAUAUGAUGACCCGUAACCUUCCAUACAGGAAGUAUCAUCCAAAUGUGCCAGUUCACACUAAUGCUCGUCGAUGGUGGCAAUAUGUGAUCACAGGCAUUUUGGAGGUGAAUGUCAAGCCCAGCCUUCACAUGUGGUCAUGGCAACACAUCCGCCGCCAUCGGCAACAUGUGAAGAAGUACAGAGAGCUCUAUAAGAUCAAGAUCACCAGCAAGAAACCUGGAGAGGGGCUGCUGAAGGAAUUUGAGGAGACUGAAAAAACUCUGGAUAUUUUCAACAUCACAAUGGCAAGACAGCAAGCUGAGAUGGAGGCCUCAAAGGCGGGGCUGCGUAUAUACCGUCCUGGGGUGAAGGUGGAGGAAGAGCAGUCACAGGGCUGGUUCGGCUGGGUGUGGAACUGGUCUGGAGACGGCUGCGCACAAACCAAAGAUGUCAAAACAGGAGGUUUUGAUGAACUGAUGUCUCCAGCAGAGAAAACCAAACUAUAUGCUGCCAUUGGAUACAGUGAGACAGCCAUCAAUCCUAACCUGCCAAAACAUUUUGAAAAUAUGAAGAUACAUUUCCAGCUGCACAGUCUGUCUCUGUCAAUCAAAGAGAGCCGAGAGAAGCCAGAGAUCAUCAAACUGUCCGUCAUUGAUCUGAAAACCACGUUGACACAAAGACCUGCAGCUCAGGCAAUAAAGAUCUCUGCUCAGCUGUCAUCGUUUGGAGUGUCGGGUCUCCCUCGGGGCAAGACGCCCCCUACCCUUGUGUCACCAAAUCAUGUUGUGGGGGCAAAGGGUACAAGCCUUUUGAACCUGAUGUUUGAGACCAAUCCACUGGACACAUGUGUAGACCAGAGACUGCACAUAGAUUCCCUGCCGCUAGAGAUCAUCUAUGAUGCUAUGACGGUGAACAGUUUGUCAGCUUUCUUCAUGCCUCCUAAUGACCUGCAGCUGGACGAACUGACCAACGCCACCCUCAUGAAGCUGGAACAGUUCAGAGACAAGACCUCCACAGGCCUCAUGUACAUCAUUGAGACUCAAAAGGUUCUUGAUCUGAACAUAAACCUCAUGGCUUCAUAUGUCAUCAUACCAGAGAAUGGCUUUUACGACCCCAAACACAACCUUGCCAUUCUGGAUUUGGGCCAUUUUCAGAUGUCCAGUCAGAGCAAAGCUGGACUGCCUCAGCUGUCUGUGGGCAGCAGCACUAUAGAAGACAUCAUGUCUCGAGCUUACGACAGUUUUGAUGUCCAGCUGAGCAGCUUACAGUUCCUCUACACCAAAGCAGGUGGUGACUGGAAGACGGCUCGUCCACUGAGGCAGUCUACUUUUCACAUCCUGGAGCCUGUGGACCUGAAGGUGGUCUUCAGCAGAGCCAUGGUGGUCACAGACUCAAGAAUGCCUAAGUUUAAGAUUCACGGUGAACUCCCUCUGCUCUCUCUGCGGAUCUCUGAUGAUAAAUUGCGCGGUGUGCUGGCAUUGCUCAGCAGCAUUCCACUUCCUGAGAGCCGCCCCGCCCCUCAGAUGAAAGCACCACAAGUUACACCCAAGAUUUCCAAACGAGUGAACACCCCUCAGCUCACGCCCCGAAGACCAGCCGUAGAUGACCUGCGUGCAUCAAUCAUAUACGGCUCAGAUGAGGAGUUGUUCUUCGAUGCUCCCAGUUCGCCAGUAGAAGAUUUGCCGUUCUUUGAGGCUUCAUCAGAUUCUCUGCUCAGAUCUGCCUCUGAAAAACGUCUGACCAUGGUGCUGAAAGACCCCAAAAAGAAUAUGACUGAGUUCCUCUUGACAUUUUUGAUCAACAAGCUUUCCAUUCAGCUGUGUCGCCUGUCGAAGGGGCAGGAAGUGACCAUUCUACAUCUGUUUAUUGAUGGUUUAGGAACUCAACUCAAACUCUGCACCUUUGAUAUGUCCUCAUACACCUUCCUUCGUGAGAUUUGCCUUGAAUGUUCAGAGUACUUGGAUUCUGAGGACAAGAAAGUUCACCUUAUCACCACUCUGGACAACACUGAGGAAGAUCUUCUUACUUUAGAAUAUAUCAAGGCUGACAAAAAUGCACCAGAUUUUAAAACCGCAUAUAAAAACACAGAGCAACUAAUCAAGGUGAAUUUCUCCUCACUGGAUGUGCACCUGCACACUGAGGCGCUCCUCAACUCAAUACAUUUCCUGAAUAACCUCCUCCCGCCUCUGAAGAAGGAGACACAUGAGGAGCAGCCCAUCCUACCAAAGGAGGAAGAGGGAGAGGAAGAGGAGGCAAAAACAGAGGAGUCUGCUGUUACCAAGAAAUCUACCAGUAAGAAGUCAAAGUUUGAGGAUGUGUUGAAUUUGCACAUUAGAGCAGAUCUGAACUGUCUGAAGGUCUUCAUAAGAGGAGAGAAAGCCAGAAUCUCUGAGAUCAGCAUAGAGGGGCUGGUUUCUGAAGUUCGGAUGAUGAAGAAGUCAGUGGAGAUUCUAGCUAACCUGAAGAACAUUGUCAUUCUGGAUUGUGACAAAGAGGCUUUAUACAAAAAGGCAGUGUCCAUCGCAGACAAGGAGGUGUUUGAUUUCCGUAUGGUGAAUCACGUGGAUGCCACGGAGGGAGACGCCUACACGGACAUGCACAUUGUGGACACUAGCGUCACUCUGAGUGUGGGCUGUAUUCAGGUCAUUUUCCUCAACAAGUUUGUGUCCUCAAUACUGGCGUUUGUCAAUAAUUUCCAGGAGGCUAAAAAUGCGUUGGCAGAAGUGACAGCUCAGGCAGCAGAGAAAGCAGCCACAGGUGUCCUGGAGUUGGCAGAGAGAAGCACUCGUAUCUGCCUGCAUGUAAACAUCAAAGCUCCAGUCGUCUUCCUUCCACAAUCCUCUGUUUCUCACAAUGUCAUUGUGGCAGAUCUGGGUUUAGUGACUGUAAAGAACCGCUUUGAGAUUGUCACCUCUCCAACACAUACCAAGAUCCCUCCUGUGAUGGACAUCAUGGCUGUGGAACUGAGUGAUCUGAAAAUGUACAGAACCACAUUCAGUGAUGCGAAAUUUAAGAGUGAGCUUCAAUUACUCAAACCAGUAAAUAUGGACCUGUCAAUCAAACGCAAUCUCUCCGCCUCCUGGUAUCAUAGCAUCCCUGAUAUUCAGAUCAGUGCUCACCUCAAACCCAUGAGUCUGAUCUUGAGUCAAGAGGAUCUGACUAUAGUGUUGAAGACUUUGAGUGAGAAUCUAUCGGAGACCUCUGAUGCUCUUCCAGCUCCAACCAGCUCUGAUAAAGGUGACACAGUCUCUACCAAAGAUUCACAGAGCUCUGGAGGUAAAACUGUAGUGACCGCUGCAGUGGUAGAAGGCCAGAAAACAGGCAAACUAAAGACCACUCUGAAACUAAACUUCCAGUUUGACUCCAUGACCCUGGUUCUGUACAGCCCAAGUACCAACGAGACCCAUUUACCAGACUCCCAUGAUGAGAGUUUGAAGUUGGCAGAGUUCACACUAGGCACCAUCUCUACUGCAGUGCACCUGUACUCAGACAGCUCCAUGAAAGCUUCCGUCAAGCUCACCAACUGCCUGUUGGACGACAAGAGACAGAGAGUCAAAAUGAUCACCUCCAGGAUGAUGGCGAUGCGUCAGGGCAGAGAAGACAACAUGAUGGUUGACAUGAGUUAUCGGCAAGGCCGAGACGGAACUGUUCUGGACACUUUGAUUCAGGACAUCUAUCUGUGUGCCAGCAUGGAGUUCCUGCUAACUGUAGCUGAUGUGUUUCUGAAGGCUAUGGCAGAUGGCUUCUCAGGUUCUCCAAAGAGCAACAAACAGCCAGCCAGUUCACUUAAAGACACAGCGGCCCCUGCUGCACCUGUGGUUGCUAAGACCGAGAUGAAUGUUGUGGUCAAGAAUCCCGAGAUUGUGUUUGUGGCCGACCUCACACGAGCUGAAGCCCCUGCCCUCGUCAUGACGACACAGUGUGAACUGACGAUGAAGAGCGAGCCCAACGGUCAGACGAUGACAGCGGCCAUUUCAGAUCUGAAGGUGGUGGCGUGUCCGUUCCUGCGGGAGAAGCGUGAAAACAACAUGACGACGGUGCUGCAGCCCUGUCAGGUGUUCUUCCAGAGCAGCCAAUCAGCCACUCAGCCUCAAACCAUUGAGCUCUCCAUCAGCUCCCUCACGCUCAAGGUUUCUCCCAUCAUCAUAAAAACGGUCAUCACCAUUCAGUCAGCACUGAGCCCUGCAGCCGAGACCCCUGAGGAGCUGGAGAGCCCUGUUCCACAGGAUCUGUGGGAACGUCGCAGCCUGAAAGAUCUGAAACUCUGGUUCCUCGAGGAGAAAGGAGAGGAAGUCACCCAGUCCGUCACUCGACUGAUCCCUCAAGGAGAGUCUUUCAAAAUCAACAUCCAAUCCAUCUGUGUGACACUAGAGGCCGGGGUGGGCCAUCGCACAGUGCCCAUGCUGCUGGCUAAAGCCUUGUUCCAAGGAGACGUGAAGAACUGGAGCACUCUCAUUAACCUCCACUGUCACCUGGACCUGGAGGUGAAUUAUUAUAAUGAGAUGAUGGGUUUAUGGGAGCCUCUUCUGGAGCCGCUGGAUGAUGAAGCAAAUGAUGUCUUUAGACCCUGGACACUGGCACUUAAGAUGAAGAAGAAACCAGUAUUGUAUUCUGGGAUAGCUGAUGAGGUGGACAACAGUGUGCCUGAAUAUAAAACGGUCAUCAGCAUCACAAGCAAAGACCAGCUCAACAUCACUCUCUCUAAGUGUGGCCUACACAUGCUCAGUAAUCUAGGAAUGGCAUUUGCGGAGGCAGCUAAGCAGACGGCAGAGUGCUUUCAGACGGAUCAGGCCCCGUUUGUGGUUAAAAACCAUUUGGGUUUGGCCGUGUCGGUGCUGUACAGCGAGGUGUUUAGACCCAUCUGUAAAGAGUCUAAACAACGUGUUGUGGAACUCUUGGAUGGAGAGAGUCUGAAUAUGGACUACACCCUCACAGCAGUGUCCACUGACCAGUUCUCUGCCAUGACCAGCCUCAGUGGCAAAAACUACAUACAGCCCACUCCAGUUGGCCACACUUCCGCAAGUGUCAUCCCACUCAUCAAAACAGGACGGGGCAUGUACAGUGUCAUGCACCAACAGUCAGGCGUCACACGCUUCUUUGUCUGUCAAAUAUACACUGUCGAGGGGAGCAAAUAUGUCAAGAUACGCUCUCCUUUCCAGAUUAUCAAUCACUUCUCAGUGCCAUUACGAGUUUAUGAGGGUUCUGUGUGUCUGGGCAUCUCUCUGCCUACAGAAGAGUUCUGUGUGCCACUGGGCUCCUACAGAGCUGAGCUAAGCCUGCAGCCUGUAACUGAAGGUGGUGUAGAAUACGAGCGCUCUGAGGGUUUCUCCUAUGAUGAGGUGAUUCAGAAAACUGGAGAGUGUCUGGAGAAGACCUGCCAUCGUCACGGAGACAGCUCUCAAAUGAUGAAGAUCAACAUGGUUCCUAUUCCAGACUCUGUGAUGUCACACAGCACUGAGGAGUUUGACAAGCCCUUUGUUAUGCACCUGUUCCCAACCGUUCUCCUCCGCAACCUGCUACCAUACCCCAUCACCUUCAAGUUACAGAGCGAUCAAGAUUCUCCCCCCACUGUACUAAAAGAGAGCCAGUCCACCCAGAUCCACACAGCUAUCAUGAACGUUUCCACUCUGGAGUUGAAGCUCCUGGGAUAUCUGCAGCAGGACUGGGAAGCACAGUUCCGUCUCUGCAGCGACCAUGAUGAAAUCAGUUUCAUCAAAUUCCUCUCACUGCCACUGGACGAGGACACAGAGGCAAGGGAGGAGCUAGACAUUGCUGUCCAUGUUAAGAAGGAGGGACAAACAGUCAUAGCAAUCCACUCACCCUAUUGGAUGGUGAAUAAGACGCGCAGACUGCUUCAGUAUAAGGCGGACGAUAUUCAUCGCAAACACCCGAAAGAUUACGACAUGCCCCUCCUCUUCUCUUUCAAACCAUGCAACUUCCUGCAGAGCAACAAGGUCCGCUUAAUGAUUUCAGAAAGUGAAUUAUCUGACAAUUUCUCCAUUGACACUGUUGGUCAUUACGGUCUAGUCAAAUGCAAAGGGAAGCAAAAGGAUUAUCUGGUGGGGGUGAAGAUUAAUGCAUCCAGCUUCAGUUUGACACGUCUGGUGACGUUCCUGCCUUUCUACAUGCUGGUGAACAGAACCAAACAUGUGAUCCGAGUCUGUGAGGAGGGUCAAGAGCACUGGACAGAAUCCCAACCCGGACAGGCUGCCAUUCCAUUCUGGCCAGAGAGAGACUCAAAGAAACUUCGAGUGACAGUGGAAGGCUGUCAAUCAUCUCCACGAGCCUUUGACUUCCACCAGCCAGAGAACUGCCUCUUACUGCACCUGGACAAAACUCUGGGUGGCAUUAUUGUGGACGUGAAUCUCACAGAACAUUCAGUUGUGAUCCGGUUUUCUGAUUAUCAUGAUGGUGCGGCUCCAUUCCUCCUCAUCAACCACACGGAGGAGACGCUGCAGUUCCACCAGAGCUGCAGGAACCGGAAAGGGUCUACUUGGGUUCCAGAUGAGUUACUGGAUCUCUCUUUAUCGGGGGGGGAUGAGACCGAAUCUGUGGGCUCUCAAGCAGAAAUCGAUGAGCUGGGUCCAGGUCUGGCCAUGUAUUACACCUGGACCGAGCCCACUGGCUCACGGAUCCUGAGCUGGAAAUGGGGCCAGUUCAAAGGAGAGCUCAAGAGUGAAGAGGACCAGUCAGACGUGGGCAAGAAGGGACAACUGUUUGUCAUCUCAUUUUAUGAAGGCCUUCAACAUGUAGCGCUGUUCACUACAAAUCAGAGUGUUUACAAGAUGAUUUGUGAUUGUGAAAAAUUUCAGUUGGCUCAACAGGAAAUCAGUAUCUCAUUACAGAACAUGGGCAUUUCACUGGUCAACAACACCACCAGCCAAGAAGUGGCCUUCAUUGGCAUCACCAGUUCUGAUGUUGUGUGGGAAACCAAGCCUAAGAAGCGCAGCCGCUGGAAGAUUUUAAGUGGAAAAGAGGCUGCAAUGUUGGAGCAGCACUACAAAGAUUAUGUAGACAGUAGUCCUGUGGACAGCGCCAUCUUUGACCUAGAGAACGACUACCAGGUGUUAUUUACUGUUAAUGGGGUGGACAUGAGAAUGUUACAGCCUUACGACGCUCCUCUCAGAAGGAACUUCUUGCCCGCAUUGAAGGUGGAAUACAGUGUUUCCACCCGACAGAAAGCUUACAGAGUCCAGAUCAACAGGAUUCAGAUCCAAAAUCAGUUGCCUGGAGCGAUCUUCCCAUUUGUGUUCUACCCCAUCAAACCACCCAAGUCAGUCAGCAUGGACUCAGAGCCCAAACCGCUUGCUGAUGUCAGCAUCAUCACCAGAGCAGCUGGACACUCUGACAUUCUUCGCAUCAAGUAUUUUAUGGUUUUGAUUCAGGAGAUGGACCUGCGGAUGGAUCUUGGGUUUCUCUACGCCAUACUAGAGAUCUUCACUGCCGAGCACACUAAUGCUGUCACAUCUGAGCAGGAGGUGGAGUCGUUUGCAAAGGACAUUGAGUAUUUGAAGACCGAACUGAAUCAUGUGUCGGCAAAUGACACCUCCCCCAUCAGCCUGUAUGAGUACCUCCACAUUUCUCCUAUAAAGCUUCAUCUGAGUUUGUCUCUGAGCACUGGCGGUGAAGAUGGAAAUAAGAAAGAGAGAGAGACAGAGAUCGUCCCUCUUCAGUCUCUCAACCUGCUGCUGAAGAGUAUUGGAGCUACACUCACCGACGCUCAGGACGUCCUCUUCAAGCUUGGCUUCUUCGAGCUGAGGUAUCAGUUCUGCACCACCCAGCAGCUGCAAUGGGAGGUGAUCAGGCAUUACUCCAAACAGGCUAUCAGGCAGAUGUAUGCACUGGUGUUGGGUUUAGAUGUCAUUGGGAAUCCAUAUUUACUUAUUCGUGGUCUGUCCGAAGGUGUUGAGGCCUUCUUUUAUGAGCCAUAUCAGGGUGCCAUACAGGGACCAGAGGAGUUUGUGGAGGGGAUGGCACUCGGUGUGAAAGCUCUGGUUGGAGGGGCUGUGGGCGGUCUGGCAGGCGCAGCUUCUCGGAUCACAGGAGCGAUGGCUAAAGGUGUAGCUGCCAUGACCAUGGACGAGGAGUAUCAGCAGAAGAGAAGAGAGGCCAUGAACAAACAGCCAAGUGGGCUGAGAGAAGGGCUGACACGGGGAGGGAAAGGCCUUGUGUCUGGGUUUGUGAGUGGCAUCACGGGUAUUGUGACCAAACCUAUUAAAGGAGCUCAGAAGGAAGGAGCUGCAGGUUUCUUUAAGGGUGUAGGAAAGGGUUUGGUUGGUGCUCUGACCAGACCAACAGGGGGCAUCAUUGACAUGGCCAGCAGCACCUUUCAAGGCAUUAAAAGAGCUGCAGAGACGUCUCAGGAGGUGGAGAGUUUGCGUCCACCUCGCUUCAUUCAUGAGGACGGAGUCAUUCGGCCAUAUAAGGAGAGAGAGGGCACUGGAAGCCAGAUGCUACAGUGUAUUGAAAAUGGACGGUUUGCCAAAUACAGAUACUUUGCUCACGCUAAGGUGAAUGAUUCGGAUUUCCUGAUGAUCACAAAAAGGGGAAUAUUUUUUGUGACAAAAGGCACAUUCGGGCAGCUGACCUGCGAGUGGCAGUAUCUUUUUGACGAGUUUACCAAAGAGCCCAUGAUUGUGGAGGGCAGAAGAUUACGAAUAGAAGCAAAGGAAAGAGUUAAAUCUGUGUUUCACGCCAAAGAGUUUGGGAAGAUCAUCAACUUUAAAUCUCCAGAACUAGCAAAGUGGGUUCUUGCCAAGCUUGAAGAUGCCAGAGAAAGUUUACCGAAAUAACAUAAAAUGAUAAACGACGCUCCUGCGCUCUGGUGUGUGCCUUUAUGCUGCGAUUGCAGUUUGCCACUUUACAUUAUAGCCAUAAUGCAACAGUCAUUCACUACAAAAUGAAUACCGCAGCAGUAAAAUGACUCUUAGACUGGUUGCAUGUGCGUGUGUUGGGUUUACAUUACAUUGUACUUUUCCAUUACAAUUUCAAUCUGUAGAAUCCCUGAUUUGCGUGAGCACCAAAACUCAUUUACAUUUUACGUCCUUUACAACGUUCCUCGACAAGCAGAUCAGUGUGACUCUAACAUGUCAUUCCGAUGUCUCUUAAAGGAACAGUUCACCCCACAAUGAAAAUCUGUCAUCUUUAAUUACUUUCAAGUCGUUUCAAACCUGUAUGACUUUAUUUCUUCUGUGGAAGAUAUUUUGAAGACUGUUUGUUCUGCUUUUUUUCCCUCCAUACAAUGAAAGUGAAUAGGGAUGCUGUCAAUCCCUAACAUUCAGCCUUACAAUUACUUUCGAGUUUUAGAAUUCUAAAUGUCUAUAAUUGUAUUAAUAAAGACCAAUACACUGUAUGUAUUUUAUUUGUAAUUACAAAAUAGGGAACAUGUUUGUUGCAGUCAAAAAUAAUGACCAGGAAUGUUUAAAAAUAUAUAUAUAUAUUAUGUAUAGGAGAGCAGGGAGUUGUUUUUAACAUGUGGUGUUUGCAUGAAACAAUAUUUUGUUUCUGCAUCAAUUUAUUUAUGGUCUGAAGCUUUGUUUUAAUACUACUAGUACUUACUGACGGCUUUCUGAGUCUCUAUGCAGCCAGUAUUGACACCACACUGCUUUACUGAAAAACUGUAAGGCAUUAACAAUAUAAAUAUGCAACCGUUUAUCAGUGACUAUUGCUGUUCUUUAAAUAUGAAUCAAUGAAAUCUCAUUAAAGGGCAAAGGGUUAUCAUGAAAAUAAUUGCAUCAUUCAUGUAAUUUUUAACUGAAAAUGCACCAUUUAAUAAAUGUAUUUUGCAAUUUGUGUAUGAUCAUUUGUGAAAAUUAGGGCCCUUAAGAAAUGUUACAUUGUGACAUUAUUUUCAUGACAAUUGUGCAUAUUU